CAAUGAUAAUGCAACAUGUCGAAGGAGUACAUUUGGCUAUAAAAUAUGCUAUUGAGGCUUCAGAAAGUUUGACGAAAGCUUUUACUUCUUUAGAUAGAUGGUUGUAUUUGUAUCAUGAAGAAAAUUCUUUACAAUAUGAGAAUGAAUCUAUAAGUAUUGAUUCUUUGUUAACGCAAGAUGAUAAGGAUCAGUUAGGGCCACUUUUAGGAAAAGUGUUACAAUUUAUACUUAACAAGAUUAAGAUUGAACUUCUUGAAGCAACUACAUAUGAAGCUUGA